AUGUUCGGGGCUUUCCGCAUGACCUCGCCGCUGUCGAGCGGUCUUCUCUGGAAGAUCCCCUGGAGGAUGUCCAAGUUCCAGAAGCGCCGCCACAGACUCCGCCUCCGCGCCGUCGACAAUGUUGUCGCGACGGUGGAUUCGGCGCUUGCCAAGCAGGGGGAGACGAUCGCUGCGCUGGAGCUAUGGAAGGCCGAGAUGCCUACCGAGGCUGAAAUGUUGCCGAGGGACAAGUACACCAUGUUCGACCGCAAGGAAAAGAAGUACCGCAAGGGCAUUCACAAGCUCCCCAAGUGGACGAGAGUUUCUCAGAGAUUGAACCCUCCCGGUUACUAA